GUGAAGCAACGCGGGCCUGCAUCAUGACGGCCGUCAGUAUAGACACAAAAUCCAACCCCGGUGCCACGGUGGCACUCAAAAUGGUGUCUUCCUCGAUGGGACUAGCCCUUACCAAUGGGGCGGCUGCGGUGGCGGCCGUCACUCAGUAAGCAACAUCGCGUCACGCCGUAGGUUAUCGCGCUUUCUUUAAUCUAUCCCCUUUUCAUAGAAUGUUAGUCGUCGUUUGUGAUGUUACCUUUUAAAACCAUUUUUCCCCGUCGUACUAUUAUUUUGACAUUUACUUGCGGGGGUUCUAGCCGAGGGGAGAGAUAGUUAAACAUUGUUUACAUUUUGAUAUUAGUUUCCAUUUAUUUCCUCCCUUUUUAAAACUAUUUAUCUAAACUAUUAUCUUUUAGACAAAAGAAAAACAAUGAAACAAUGAAACAAACCAAAAAAAAACAAACAAACAAACCGCAACAACAACACAUCAAACGUUCUUCUAAUCGAGGGAAACGAAUAGUAUUCUAUAGUAUCGUAGAUAGUAAGAGAGAAUACGUGUGUUUACGUGACAAACCUCACAAAGCACGCGCGGAACAGGAGCAAGCAUACAAAACCUAGUCCCUUAGGCUUAGGGCUCUGCUCUCAUUCGCAGCUGGCGUUCCCGUCUGCAAAAUCCGUCGCAACCUGGUACCGGUUUUGCAUAUUGCGUGGUGCGAGUGAGCACAACACGACACAAGCAAAAACAUGUAAAUCUGCACCAAAACGAAAGCGCUUCCUGAGAGAAAUCAUAGCCGCCGCUGCCGUGAAGCGCCCGGGGGUACCGACCCGGGGCUAGCUAUGAAUACAAAACAAUGAGAGCUUACGGUUAUGAUUUAUGUUAUUUAUGUGUGUCGCUGGAUUUGUUCGUGGUUCGCGCUCUCGUUACUACCGCUUCAACCGGGCAUAAACCGCUUUCUCCGUGGAGUCAACUGUGUAAAUAGGUACGGAUCGUGCCGGAUCGUGCGACAGAAGAACGAAAUCGUCACGAACGCGGUUAGCUAGCUAGGAUUUGACUAAAAGGAUCAUCGGCACAUCGCUUGAUCCUCACUCGCGACUCACGAACCCCCCCAGAUAUCGAGUUGAUCCAAUUCAAUUCACGACAGGCAAUGCCACUGUACAUAUCAACCGGCCGGAGAGACCGGAGAGAUCUUGGCCGGUGAGAUGCUUGGUCUUCGCGAAGCCUAUAGAAGGUUAGGUGGGUUAGGUUCGUUCGUAAUCAAAACGCAGCAUAACAGUAAAUACUAACCCAGAUAUUAAUGUGUAAUCCAAGGCAGAAGACAGGUCGCGUUGUUACAUUCUUCGUUCCGUUCGUUCCGCAUGUUCGUUUUGUGCCCCGUUUUUGAACCAGGCCACACCGCACCGAUACUUUCUGCGCACAACAAACUGUUACUGUUAUUUUCCUGACUCUUGUGAGUUUUCCUUUUUUUGUUUUGUUUUGCCAGUUGCUAGCCACGUUUAUCGCGUUCUAAGCUAUCGUUGCGAUCCGCACGAUAGCAUCGUAGUCAGUUGUCAGUUCGAAUGCCCGAGCGGAUAAUGGAGCUGGGCUUAGUGUAUUCCAUAAUGAUUAACCGCAAUGAUUGAGCAGCAAAACACCACAAACCACGGACGCGAAACUACGAAUUUAUUAUGCUGCUCGAUUCUAUUUUACAUACACGAUACACGCGGCCCGAGCUGGAAAGCUAAGCGCACUGAUUGAUCAAUCUCGGCCGAAUUAUGUUGUGCGAUUAUGCUUCGCCUCUUUAUGCCGCUCCGUUAUCGUGUUUGUGAUUUCAGUGUGUAGCGUUUGACAACCACCAUCACCACCUUUACCCCUCUAUCUAAUCUAAUGACUUAGGCGCAGUUAAUGUUGCUCCGUUAUCGCACCGCUCGAAAGCGUUUAUCCUCAGUACCUUUCACCUGAAGGGAUGGAAAAUCAACAAACAAACGACCCCCGUUACGAGUUAUGCAAAGUCCGUUGGUAAUUGCGACCGUCGACCGAUGCACACGGUCUGUGUGUA